AAUGUUAAAACAUACUGUUCUCUCUGGUUUCGUUAAAGCUGGCUUUGCUGGUGAUAAAGAACCAAAAGCAGUUUUUCCCUCCUUUGUUGGUAGACCAAAACAUUCUACUGCCUUCUACCGAAGAGAUUUUGUUGGAGAUCAAGCACAAUCAAGGAGAGAUAUCCUACAUCUUAAAUAUCCAGUACAACAUGGUAUUAUAACUAACUGGGAUGAUAUGGAAAAACUAUGGCACCAUACUUUCUACAAUGAACUUCGUAUUUCACCUGAAGAACACGCUAUUUUGCUGACAGAAGCCCCCUUAAACCCAAAAACCAAACGUCAAACCAUGACACAAAUAAUGUUUGAAACAUUCUCCAGCCCAUUUAUGUAUCUAAGUAACCAAGCUUCACUUGCCCUGUAUGGGUCAGGAAGAUCAACUGGUGUGGUUGUGGACUCUGGCUAUGGUGUUAGCCAUAUUGUCUCAAUCAAUGAAGGUUAUGCCCUUCCUCACGGAACUUUGCGUCUUGAUAUGGCUGGAAAGGAUUUGACCAAUUACUUGAUGAAACUACUUUCUGAAAAAGGUUAUGUCUUCACCACUUCAGCUGAGAAGCAAAUUGUAAAAGAUAUCAAGGAAAAAUUAGGCUAUGUGACACCUGAUUUUGAGGAAGCAAUGAGAAAGUAUGAUUCAUCUGUUGAAAUGAAGUACAAAUUGCCUGAUGGACAAGAAAUAGCUAUUGGAAAAGAGGCAUUUCGGUGUCCUGAAAGCCUAUUCAAACCUUACUUUUUAGGAAUGGAAUCAGAUGGUAUACACAGAACAAUUUUCAAUUCUAUAGUGAAAUGCGACGUUGACAUCAGGUGA